GCGGGGAGGGGUGAGGCGGCCCCGCACGUGUGGGAAGGCCGGGCAUGGCUGGGGGCUCUCUGCCGGGAGGAGCGAGCCGGCCCUCGCCGCUGAGGGAGCCCCGCCGCUGAGCCCGCACCUCCAGCGCAGCCCUGCCCGCCGCCGCCCGGCCCCGACUACAGAAGUUCAGGACUGGGCAAGAGAAGCAGAAGUUUGCCUAGCAGAAGUUGCUCUGAAUCAGAGCUCUCCAUCCACCAUGUUGCCCUGUGGACCAGCUUUGACCUUUGUUCGGUGCCUGGUACGGAAGAAGAAUGUUGGCGGUGAAAGCCCUGAGGACUCCAAGUUGUGCCGAUGCUUGUCGACGGUGGACCUUAUAGCACUGGGAGUAGGAAGUACCCUGGGUGCUGGUGUUUAUGUCCUUGCUGGAGAAGUAGCCAAAUCUGAUUCCGGACCUAGCAUUGUUGUUUCCUUCCUCAUUGCUGCCCUGGCGUCUGUGAUGGCAGGUCUCUGCUACGCUGAGUUUGGUGCUCGUGUUCCCAAGACUGGUUCUGCGUAUUUGUAUACUUACGUAACUGUUGGUGAGCUGUGGGCUUUUAUCACCGGUUGGAAUCUCAUUUUAUCCUAUAUUAUAGGUACAUCAAGUGUAGCAAGAGCCUGGAGUGGCACCUUUGAUGAACUUCUUGGAAAGCAGAUUGGUCAUUUCUUCGGAACCUACUUCAAAAUGAAUUACUCCGGACUGGCAGAGUAUCCUGACUUUUUUGCUGUAUUUCUUAUAUUGCUUCUAUCAGGUCUGUUAUCUUUUGGAGUAAAAGAAUCUGCAUGGGUGAAUAAAAUUUUCACUGCUAUUAACAUCCUGGUCCUACUCUUCGUUAUGAUUUCUGGUUUUGUGAAAGGAGAUGCUGACAACUGGAAAAUAAGUGAAGAAUAUCUCAUAAACCUUACUGCAAUCACAGAGAAUUUUUCACCCUAUGAGAAUGUGACCAGUAUAUACGGGAGCGGAGGCUUUAUGCCGUAUGGUUUCACAGGAACAUUGGCUGGUGCUGCAACCUGUUUUUAUGCUUUUGUAGGAUUUGACUGCAUUGCAACAACUGGAGAAGAGGUCAAGAAUCCUCAAAAAGCCAUACCCAUAGGAAUUGUGGUGUCCUUGCUUGUCUGCUUCAUGGCCUAUUUUGGGGUUUCAGCUGCACUGACUCUUAUGAUGCCGUACUAUAUACUAGAUGAGAAAAGUCCUCUGCCAGUAGCAUUUGCAUAUGUUGGAUGGGGUCCUGCAAAAUAUGUUGUAGCAGUGGGAUCCCUCUGUGCUUUGUCCACAAGUCUUCUUGGAUCCAUUUUCCCAAUGCCACGUGUAAUCUAUGCUAUGGCGAAGGAUGGGUUGCUUUUCAAAUGUCUAGCUCAAAUCAAUUCCAAAACGAAGACCCCACUAGUUGCUACUCUAUCGUCUGGUGCAGUAGCAGCUGUAAUGGCGUUUCUGUUUGACCUAAAGGCUUUAGUGGAUAUGAUGUCUAUUGGCACACUUCUUGCAUAUUCACUUGUGGCAACCUGUGUCCUCAUUCUUAGGUACCAACCCAGUUUAACCUAUGAGCAACCCAAAUAUUCUCCAGAAAAAGCAGCUUUGGCUGCAUCAGAAAGGGAAUCUGCAGUAAGUGAAUCACAGAUAAAUAUGAUACAAGAGAAUCACUUCAGUCUUCAGACCCUGAUUAAUCCAUCCAGUUUACCUACAGAACAGACUGCAACUACUGUUAACUUUUUAGUGGGUCUGUUAGCUUUCUUGGUUUGUGGCUUGAGUGUUCUCACUACAUAUGGGACUCAUUUCAUUGCUAACUUGGAGCCCUGGAGUAUUGGCCUUCUUGCUGCGUUGGUGGUGUCCUUCAUACUUACCCUUCUCCUCAUCCAAAGGCAGCCUCAGAACCAGCAGAAAGUGGCCUUUAUGGUUCCACUAUUACCAUUUUUACCAUCAUUCAGUAUCCUGGUAAAUAUUUACCUGAUGGUACAAUUAAGCAGAGACACUUGGAUCAGAUUCAGCUUCUGGAUGGCGCUUGGCUUCUUCAUUUAUUUUGCUUAUGGCAUUAGGCACAGUAUUGAAGGUCAUCGCAGUGAUGGAGAUGAAGAUUCUUGCUCAGAAAAUAGUGGGUUGCAAGAAAAGAACCCUGUGGAAGAAGCGGAUGAACCUGAAAAUACAAAUGAAAGUGAUCAGUUUCUUGCACAUGAGAGGACAAGUGAAUGUUAAUCUAUGCAAAUAUACAAGUCUUUUAAGCCUUUAAUUGACAUUUUACUUGCGAACUGAAAUUUCAAAAGCUUUCUACCAACAUUGUGCUUCUUGGAAGUGUUUACUACAAGGCCUGGCUGAUACUUUGGACAAGCUGCUAAACCAUCUUCAUCAUUUCAGAACUGACAGCAUGGAGAUUAAUAUUAAAAUUAAAAAAAAAAAGUACCCUUUGGAAAACAAAAAUAUGGAUGGAUUGUUUGAGCAUCCAUUAUGAACAUCCAUGAUCACUGGCAAUCACAGAAUAUGAAGGACUUCAGAACUGCGAGAAGUUCUGAAUAUUUUACACUGCAUUGUGAAGUGCCUUUUAUAUGUCCUCCUUAUCUCUGUUACAUGUUCUGGUCACAAUCGAAUAGUAUCUCAAAUAACAAAGCAGCUAACUCACUGACUACUGAAAUACCAAGUGCUAUCUUUUCUCUGCAGAAGUAACUCUCAUGGGAGAUAAAUUGAAGAUAAGCCUGGAAAAUAUUUGGAAAACAAAUGGUAAAUGUACAGAUCUGGUAUUUGGCAUAAAAAAGAGGAUCACAUUUAUAUAAGAAUAGUAGAGAAAUAAUUGCUUAGCCUUACUAAUUAGUAGGCAUGGUGAACUCAAACAGAGAAAAUUCUUUAAAGGCUUCUGGUCCAUCUAAAUGCUAUUCAAGAUUUCUACUUCUAGGUUACAUGAGUUCUUUUCACUUCAGAGAUACUGUGUAUAUAAAAUACUUCCAAGAGGAGUUAUCUUGUUUUCUGCAAAACCAUCUGGGAAAUAAUCUUUUGGUCACAAUAUUGACAUUUGUUUAUGAUUUAGCAAGUACUCUACUGUUGUUUUCAGAAGGGAUGAGAUUUUAUCCCUGUCUAUGUAAUUGCAUACUUUCAUUCAGCACUACUCAUUUAUUCCCCCUAUACUUCCUUGUCCUUUAUCGUGUGACAGAGUUGAUACUUCUGAGAUUUGUCGUUACACAUUGCUUCUCUGCAGAAAAAUUUAUGUACAAAAUCCUUGACUUCUUUCAGAUCCAAGGGGAGGUGAAAAAAAACUGAAGCCCAGGCUUUGGAAAGAAUCCUCUUCAAAGCAAUAUUUCAGUUCUUAACUAAGCCAUAAACAUAUGUUAGCACAUCAGGUUUUUGUGAGCCAAGCCUAUAUCCACAAAUCCAUUCAUGUGGGUAGGAUGUCCAAAUGCAGAUUUGUGGAAAGAACCGAAUUGUUACAGCAGUGCUGGGUUAAACUAAAGCUAGUGAAAAUGAACUGUGUUCUUUCAGCAUAAAAGUCAUUCUACCUACCAAAGGCACCCAAACAUUUUAAUGCUAUUUUUCAGCAGAUAGUAGGAUUUCAUGAUGUGGAGUUACUUUGCUAGAAGGCAUUUAUAGAAAUAUCUUCCUUAAAGUCAGAAAGAAUUGUGUUGAACUUCAUCAUGGAGUAUUGCAAUCUGAAGCAUAAUAUUGCCAGUAAUAAUCAUUGGUAUUAAUCUCUGUUGUUAUGUAUAAAAUCCUAUAUCCUGUGAGAGUGAUGUUGGUUGACACUGAAAAGCACCUUACUUUUUAUAGUAGCUGGAAUUUUACCAAAAAAAGAAAAAAAAAAAAAAAGAAAAAAGAAAAAAAAAAAGAAAGAAAAAAAAAAACUAGUCAAGCUGCUUCUGUCUGUCUCCCUCCCUCCUGUCUUCUUCACAGCAGUAGAUUUGGGCUUUUUAAUCUAAAAAUGAGUUCUGUUGUAAGAGAGUAACAUGCCUAAAUGUAGGAGGACAGAAAGAGCUUCUUGAUAGAGAACUCUGAAAUGUGCCGAUAGCCCUUAUUGGAAUCCCAUAGGUUUGUAGAUUUCAGCUUGAUGCCUUUCUGAAUCCCAGUUUGAACUGGGAGGAGAGUAUUUUGCAGCACUGGUAGCAUGGAAGGGAGAUGUUGCUGUUGCACUACUGGCCUCUGCUGGCUACUGAGCACUAGGAGUAGCAAUCUGAAAAGAUCUUCACCUCUGCUUGUCGUCUGGGGCAUAUUCCUGGAUUUAGAGUAAUCUAGGGAAGAAAAAAAAAUAAAUUGCUAGAAUACCAAAGCAGAGCACUUGUAGGUGCCUGUGUUUCUCUUUGGAGUUAUAGGAUAAGAAGCAUACAACAGGAAAAACACCUGCCUCUUAACUGAGGAUCUAGCAUGGGCGUCCUGUAACUGCUGUUGUCCUAAGGACUGUUCCACAGAUCAGUGGUCCUUACAAAUGGAUGGGACACAGAGGAUAAGACACUCUAGGGUAGGUGGCAAUGCAGUCCAAUUUUUUAAUGCAUCAUAAUCCAUCCAGAAUUGAUCCUAAGUUAUAGCCACUUCUUUCCAUAUUUCAUCAUUGUUUUACAAGAUUAAAGAAACACUAAAAUGCCAUAUUAGCCUAAUAGAAGCAGAUGAUAGUCUAAGUAAAUGUUUGAUUGAUAGGAAUGGAUAGUAAUUGUUAGCAAUAGUAAUCCUGAAACUAUUGCUAAGUUUUGGUACCUAUUCAGUGAAUGAAAGAGCUUUUUAUGUCAGUUGGAUCUUCUAUUUUAAUUGUACUUCUCGAGGGAGGCCCAUUUUUAUGAAAAAAAAAAAAAAGACAAAAGAACUGUAUGUUCUUGAAUAAAACAUUAGAAAAUUAAGACUUUCUAGGCUCUAUUGAAAGGAAUAUAAUAAGGUAAUCCUUAUAGAUGUCAAAACAGAAGCUUUAUUUAAAAGUACCACAAAUAUUUGAAGUAGACAGGGAUGCUUUUCCUGAUUUGUAACUAUUCCAUCAAGAGCACGGUUUCUACAGCAGUUAUUCUUUGGAGGACAUCUUCACCUCUUAAAUUCUCAGCUGCAAAAACGCCAUGCCACUGGAGCAAGUCAGCAUUGCUCAGUCAAAGCUUCUGCACAAUGCCUUUACAAGCCUAGAGUGAAGUGCAGCUCAUUUAAACUUCCUCGCACGCCUCGGUGUGGGGGAAGCAGAGACAUUUUCCUAUGGAUGCUGAUGCCACAGAGCAGGCGAAGCAGGCUCCCAAGGUGCAAACCGCUGCUGUUCUGUGAUGUGCAAGGAAGACCCCAUUCCCUCCCAGAGCCAUCAUAUAGAAUGUAUGUGUGCACGCCUGUCUGUAUGUUUGCAUCUGUCUGACAUUAGCCCAUAGUAAUUCUGAUGUACUGAUUACAAUAAUUUCUGUACUGCACUGGAAUUUUCUUUUGAAGGGAGACUGUCCACGUAAUAACCUUAUGACUAAAGCAAGUGCUAGCCAAGACUUCUGGAGGUAGGUUAGAGAAAUGUAUUUCCAACUUAUGUGUAUUUUGUAUAUAGACAGUUUCCCCUUUCAUUUGUAGGAGUAUUUCUCCCUCCUUGUUAUAGAAAUUAACUCUAUGAAAAUGAAAGAAUGUGACUGUACAGUUGUUGCUGAGGGGGAUUGGAAGCAGCUGCAGCACAGGAACCAAGUUAACUAAUGAGAUAACAGUUAACUAAUUAGACAGAAAAGCAAAUUAGGGGAAAGUCAUUGGGUGUUCUCAGUUGCUUCAACUGUGCAAAGCUUAUUUAUGUGUGUGUAUAGUUAAUGUUGUUAUUGCUUAGUGGCUAAGUAAGAACGCUACAGGCCAGAAAUAAGGUAUUUAUGCUAAUUUUGAUAUGCAUUUGUAUAUGCAAUCUUGAAAUUCCAGAUGCUGUUCUGGGACUUUGCAGGAGCAGGCCCUGUGAGGGACAGCCAUGUUAGCUUGUUCUUACACAGGAGGUAUGCGUGAAACAAAUCCUGAUUUUGUUCUCAUGUUUGCUGCACGUGUCUGUAUUUGCCAAGACAGCAGCUGAAAGCACAUGUCCAGUGGAAUUACAUUGUUAUUUUUUACAUAGUUGUUGAUACUGUAAGUUGUUCUGUGCAAAUAAUAAUGGUAUGUAUUAAUAUAUAUCUAUUUUUGGAGGUAGCCUAUUGUUUUUUUCUUUCUUUGUGGAAAAAAAAAUCUCCUCCAAAAACUGUAUUUACAUUGGUACAUUCUCAAUGUGCCUUUAGAUAUAGGAAUUAUUUUUAUCUAGUUGGAUUUAGGAAAGUAAGUUAAAUCAUAUUUAAGGGAGAACAAAUAAAUCUCUUUGUUCCCCCUCAGGGAAGCGUAAAGAGUUAUAAAGCAUUUCUGUAUAAUUCAUGUUAACUGAAGUGAUCUUUGUGUGGUAUUCCAAAUUCUAGUCCUAAUGCUGCAACAGGAAAUUUUAUGAGGUAUCUUAGAUUCCAUUGUCUGUUACCCUGGAUAAAACUAUUCUAUUAAUAAAAAAGCGCGCUUUUUCCUGCACAACAAAUGCAAGGCAGAUUCCUGGAACCUGUCAUAUUGUGGUCACCAUGUGUUAAGGGCAUUUAUAUUGCCUGCUCUAGAGAAUUAUCAGAAAUAAAGAGAAAUAGUAGUGAUAUUGGGUAACUUUUAGAUGUAUACUUAGGAACUUAAUUAUGCCAUGCAGAAACUUCAAAUGAUACAAUGAAUUUAGAAGCAAAACAUGGUAAAGCUUAAAUACAUAUUCUAUAUUUUAUUAGAUGAUGAAUGUAAAAGUCUAGCCACUUUUUCCCUAAAGUUUAUGUGUUGAUAUAUAUAUUUUCAGAAAUAAAACGCAUACUGUUUUCAUGGAGGUUUUUAAUAAAGUGCAGGAUCAGAUACCCUGCAAGCAUCCUGAGAUACUGACAGCUAAAAAACCCAGGUGAAAGCUGUGACAGUGUGGGAAAUGUGCAUGGGACUGUGCAAUUUCAGUCAUGUCUGUUGCCUUUGACAUUGAGGUGCAUUUUGUACAGUAGGAAUUCAAUUCACAGGAUGUCAGUCAUGUGUUACUUGAUAACAUAAGAAAGAAAGUAAAAGCACCUUUUAUUCUAAGGCCCUAAUUCUUCCCAGACCUGCCAGGAAGAUUACAAAUUGUAGUAUGCUCAUUGAAAGCACUGGGGUUACUCAGUGUUAAGUAAAUAUGUAUCUUACAGAAACAGCAGGUGGUCUUUCACAUAGUGUAGGAUCUUUGUAUUUGGUUUUAAUUUUCUGUACCUUUAAUAUUUCUUCCUGGUACAUACUUUGAGGACCUCUUCAUUUUUUAUAGUUGGACCGUUUGAAAGCUAAAUCUAAUGCCUUUACCAUGUCCUGAUCUGUUUUCCAUUUGAUUUUACAAAUCAAACCCUUUAACGUUAGCUAAGUUGAAGGAUAGACAUGCAUAGACAUGCAUUACGAAGAUCUAUGUGUAUAUAUAAUUGUUUAUUUUUGUUGUCAGUUGGACAAAUUCUGUUGUCUUUGUAUGUUUUCACUGAGCCUUGUGUGAGGCAAACUCCACCUUCACCAAUAGAAGUUUAGUUGCAGUCAGGACAAAGGAUAACACGAUUCAAAUGUUUAGGAGGGCUUUUUUUUUUUCUUUUGUAUUAACAGAAAGCAAAGCGUGAAAUAUGUUACAUAUCUUUAAGAACAGUUAUGUGUAUCAUUUUAAAAACAGUAAUGUUUAUAUCCAUUUUAACUUUUCUGGUUCAUAUGUACAUUGUAGUGAUAAUUUCUGUAUUAUGUGCUGCUGAGCAUUUAAAGUAUAGAUAGAAUGAUUAUCAUGCCACGUAAACUACAAAUUUAUAUUUCUUUGAAGUGCUCUAGCCAAAAUGAAAAGUCUUGAAUUUUUAUGAAUGUAAAAAUGCAUAUAUUUAAAAAUAUGGUGCUUGUUUGUUUUUUUUUUUUUUUCCACUUUUUCAACAGCAUUAGAAUCAGCAAUAUUUCUCGUUACAUUAGUUCUAAAUUCUAAUGGAAAUUAUGUUGCUCUUCAUUUACUGUAAAAUGUGCUUCAUGGGAUAACAAUUGUGCAUUUGUCCUGUAUUUUUUAAAUAAAGCUGAAUAUCACUUGUA